AUUCACCACGGCCUAUAUCAUCUCACCACGGCUCAGAUCGUCUCACCACGACGCACGCCGUCAUGUAUGGAACUUUUGUUGCUUGGGCCAUCAUAUCAUAAAACGUCAAGAUGUUUAUAGUUUUCGUUUCCCAGAAUUUAUCGUAAACAAACAACAUGUAUCGUCCUGCUGUUUGGCGUUUUUAAGUGAUAGUUUUUACCUAAAUCGAAUUUGAAUUUAGCUCUUUAACGUUGCUCAUUAAAGUGAGUUAGCAAAAAUGGCCCACAUCACCAGUUGUGCGCUUUGUUUAACAGCCGAGUCCCAGUGGUUCGUUCGAGUAUUUGACGAAGCUAACACGACGCUCAAUAUGGCACAGAUCAUAUCGAAAUAUUUAUGGUUUGAUCUAAAACCGGCCGCCCAGCCGUGCGUGUGCGGUGAAUGCUGGAGCAGUGUGCACGAUUUUCAUCAAUUCUACACCAAACUGGAGAACAUUCAUUGUGACGAGUUAGUUGCAGCGGACAGUACAGAGCAACAACCGCCUGAAUUUGAGCUGCCAGAAGAAACCCACCAAAAGGAAGAUCAGUUGCAGAAAAGCAUCGAUGAUGGGUAUGAAAGGAAGCAUGUUCCCACAGUUGAAGUCAUUGACAGCAGCGAGAAGAGAAACAACUCAGACAGCGCUGCGAACGAACCAGUGAAACCCCACACGCAAACAGACGCCAUGGACACUAUGGACAAAGGAGACAAGAAACAUUUCGUGGAGGUGGAAGACUAUGCUAGCAAUGAUGAUGACACCGGCGGCUAUUGCCCAUCGGAUGACAACAUGCUGGAUGGUGAUACACUUAACACCGAAGGCAGGGAUGAAUCUAUCGAUAAAAAGCCUACGAUGAAUAACGUAACCGUUGUCGCCAUACCUGUGGAACAGCUCUCCGUAAAGCGUGGUAGAGGCCGUCCACCAAAGCCAAAGCUGGAACAGCAAAGCGUAGCAGUACAUGCAAAAGAAUCUCCAAAGGAUACGAAUGUCUCGGAGCAAACACCUGCGAAACGUCCCAGGGGUCGUCCACCAAAGCGAAAGCUGGACAUUUCAAGCGCCUCGCCGAACGUUGCUCAGAAAAGUGAAGCACCGCCUGCUGUAAUUGAAACGUCACUUGUUGCCACCACGACCGAACCCGCUAAGCGACGCAGAGGUAGACCUCCGAAAAAUGCCCUUACCGCCGUUGCGGUACAUUCUGGCCGUGGGAGGAAAGCUCACUCUGUUACUGGCCACAAACGGUCUAUCGCGCUGCGGACGAAAGUGAAGAAAGAAAUAAUACGUGGACAGGAGCCAACAUACACGGAUAGCGGUGAGAGCGAAUCGGAGAAUGGUUCGGAUUAUGAAGCGGCGAGUGCUAAAAAAAAGCCGCCAAAGCGUGAGAAGAGCGACCGGGACGAGCGAAUAUUUAAGUACGUCGAUGAGUUUUGCUGCCAUUACUGUGUGGAAAAUGUGACGUUCAAGCGGUUCGUCGAUGCGGACCGCCACUACAAGCUGGUGCACAACGAGCCGGGCUUUCUGAAGUGUACGAAAUGCGAGAAGAAGUGUUUUACGCCCGGCAUGUUCGUGAGCCACAUGGAGACGCACGAAGAUCCGGAAAAGUAUAAAUGCAACAUUUGCGGCAAAAUAACGGACUGUAACAUCUCGCUCAAGAAGCACAUGCGAGUGCAUUUGAGUCAGCUGGAAGAGAACCUACCCUUCCCUUGCAGUCGUUGCAAACGAAAGUUUGAAUCAGAGGAGCAGCGCAACAAGCACGAAAAGCUGCACGUGCCCAAACCGCUGGUCAAGCGGGAAAAGGGCCCGGAUCUGGAGGUGUUGGCGUUCUACAAACGCAUCUACUGCGAUGUGUGCGAAGAGCAAACCCCCGAUUCGACCUCGUUUGAGAACUUCUGGGACCUGCGGGUGCACAUGGAGCAGGAGCACAACAAGGGAGCGUACCUGAAAUGCCCGAUCUGCAACAAGAGGAAUCUGUACCGGCAGCAUCUCAUCACGCAUAUCGAUAUGCACAAUAAUCCGGAGAAGUAUCGGUGUGAGGUUUGCAAGGAAGUCUAUCAAAAUCUCGAUUCGCACAUGGUCAAAGCCCACACACCCACGACUGCGAUUCCGGCGGACAGAAAGUACAAGUGUGACCAGUGCGGACGAAUGUUUAACUUCCUGGCCAAUUUGAAAAUGCACAUUGACUGUGUUCAUGGCUCAAAAGACAUCCGUUGCAAUGUAUGCAAUAAGUACUUCAAUCUCAAAGCGUUCCAGGUGCACAAGCGAACAGCUCACACCGACCAGAUGCUGAUGUGCGAACAUUGUCCCAAAAUGUUCAAAACACGCGGCGCGCUAGAGGUGCACAAGGGCAUUCACGAUGAUACGCUGGUGCAGUUUACGACCUGCAAGCUCUGCAACAAGCAGAUACGGCUUACCAACGUGAAGAAGCAUAUGACCUCGCAGCACUCCGACGAUGGGCCGGUCAGCUGCGAAAUGUGUGGCAAAUCGUUCCGCUCCAUGUUCCACAUGAAGCGGCACCAGAAGAACACGUGCGAAGCGACGAUCGAUUCGCGCAAACACAAGUGCGAAAUAUGUGGCAAGGGCUUCUGUUUGAAGCUGACGAUGAUCGAACACAUGACGACACACACGCGCACGAACAAGUACCAGUGUGCGUUUUGUUUUAAAUCGUUUGGCUACAUUUCGAAUCUGUACAAGCAUCGCAAGAAGGCACAUCCGCUCGAAUGGCAAGAGAUACAGGCACGUCCGGAGGAAAAUAUUGCUUCGGUUAUAGUUGUACGAACGAAUUGAAGUUGUAGGCUAAUUUAAGUGAAAUGUUUAAAUUAAUGUUUAGUUGUACAGUCUUUCCCCGAGUUACCCGACACUCGAGUUACGCGAAUUCGAAUUACGCGAAUUUUUAUUUUUGACAGUUCAGAUGUCAAAUCAGUACAAUUUUCUCCAUCAAUAGUCAAAUGAAAAAUAAUUAGCAACAUUUCCAAAGUUUUAAAUCACUACAAAGUCAGAAAUAACCAAAUUUUCUGCACCAAUUGCAUCAAAUAAGUAUUAAAUUACAUAAAUGAACUAAAUUCAAUCAAAAAUUAUGAUAAAUAAAGUAUAUUUUUGCUGUAACAUGUGAUAUUCGACUUACGCGAAAAUCCGAGUUACGCGAAUGUCUCCGGAACGCAUUAUUCGCGUAACUCGGGGAAAGACUGUACUUUUGUGUAGAGAUGUGCAAAUAGGUAGCUUUUAAUAAAACAUUUAUGAAGGUUUGAUUACGAUCAGACAGUAAUCGUA